GGCGCGGCGUCUUUCCCCCCGAGCUGCUGCCGGUGGUGCUAGUGCGUGGGCGGCGGCCCCAUGGAGCCGGCAGCGCGGCGGAGCCGGCCGGGGGAGGAGGGCGAGCUCCCGCAGGAGGCGGCAGCAGCAGCGGCGGAGGAGGAGGAGGUGGAUCCCAGGAUCCAGGGGGAACUGGAAAAAUUAAAUCAAUCCACAGAUAAUAUCAAUCGAAGAGAAACUGAACUUGAGGAUGCCCGCCAGAAAUUUCGCUCAGUGCUGGUAGAAGCUACAGUGAAACUAGAUGAACUGGCAAAGAAGAUUGGAAAAGCUGUGGAAGACUCUAAACCUUACUGGGAAGCCCGGAGAGUAGCCAGGCAGGCACAACUGGAAGCUCAGAAAGCGACACAAGAUUUCCAGAGGGCUACCGAAGUGCUGCGUGCUGCCAAGGAGACCAUUUCACUUGCUGAGCAGAGGUUGCUGGAGGAUGACAAACGUCAGUUUGACUCUGCCUGGCAAGAGAUGCUCAACCAUGCUACUCAAAGGGUCAUGGAGGCGGAGCAGACGAAAACAAGAAGUGAGCUGGUGCACAAGGAGACUGCAGCCAAGUACAACGCUGCCAUGGGUCGGAUGAAACAGCUGGAGAAAAAACUGAAAAGGGCUAUCAAUAAAUCUAAGCCUUACUUUGAACUCAAGGCAAAAUACUAUGUGCAGCUUGAGCAAUUAAAAAAGACUGUGGAUGACCUGCAAGCAAAGUUGGCCCUGGCAAAGGGAGAGUACAAAACUGCCUUGAAAAACCUGGAGAUGAUCUCAGAUGAGAUCCAUGAGAGGAGACGGUCUGCUGCAAUGGGGCCCCGGGGCUGCGGUGUGGGUGCUGAAGGCAGUAACACUUCAGUGGAAAACCUUUCAGCAAGCAAACUGGAGGCAGACACCAUCUCCAUAGCCUCUGAAGUCUUUGAGGAUGACAACUGCAGCAGUUUUGUGUCUGAAGAAGAUUCUGAAACCCAGUCAGUGUCCAGUUUCAGUUCUGGUCCAACAAGCCCCUGUGAGAUGCCCACUCAGUUUCCUCCAGCAACAAGACCGGGGAGCCUGGAUCUGCCCAGUCCUGUCUCCCUGUCUGAAUUUGGGAUGAUGUUUCCUGUCCUUGGUCCUCGAAGUGAGUGCAGUGGGGCAUCUUCCCCAGAAUGCGAGGUUGAACGAGGGGAUAGGGCAGAAGGGGCUGAGACCAAGACGGGUGACAAGGCGAACAAGAAUAGGAGCAGCAACAGUCACUCCGCUGAGGGCCUGGCUUUGGAUAACCGAAUGAAACAGCUCUCACUUCAGUGCAUGAAAAUCAAGGAGGGCUUAAGUGCAGGCAGAAAAGCUGCCCAGAUUGGCUGAAUUGUUCUCCUCCCAUCCUACUCUGGUUAAUGGGCGUAUUGGUAUUUAUACAUGAACUUCUCAGUGUCCGAAGAAGUGUGCCAAUAACUAUUUAAUAUAUGCCAAAUCUUAAGUGUUUACUAUAAAAAUUUAAAACUGCACUAAAGGAGUGGAAUUGAUGUUGAGGGCUGAUGUUUUUUUCAGUGAAAUCUUUGUAGGAUGGACAGAUUGUCAUACAUAUAGCUGUGCUCAUAUUUCACAGCCUUUGUAAACCGUUUUGUAGCAGCCUGGCUGAAGCAAUAACUGGUAAUGUUCAUGUGUAAACUCAUGCCAAUAGGGGUCUGAAAUCCAAGCCAAAUAUUGGUGGUGAGAAGUUUGGCUUCAGUUUUGUAGAAUGAUACUCUUUAGAUACAGUGAAUCCCUGAAAUCUAAGUGGCGUCUCCUUUAAACACCUAUAUUUGUCUGUAUUAUAAUGAACCUGUAGGAACAUUUUGUAUACAGGGAAGUUGUUGCAUGUGUGGGUCUAGCAGCCUUCACUCGCUCUCCAGUGUUCCAGCAAGGAGAAGGUUAGUUGCCCUUAAGACUUGGUCGAAGAGGAUAACAGAAACAUGGUGAUGUUCAGUAGCUACGUGCCCCUUCUACCUACCUGCUCUUUGUGUGGCUGCCUUCUAAGGACAAAUCUAGUGACAAAAAAGUACAGGACUCUUUUUUUUCUUGAGAACAUAAGUAUAAUUUAUCAGCACUUUAAGUGUUAUUACUGUAAAACAAGAUUCAAGGGUGCGUGUAGGACAGUCUUGUUAGAUACCUACCAAAUUUGAAGGGGGCUUGCCCUUAAGAUGUGCAUGAAGAAAAGGAAUUGCCCAUGUGGCUUGACAGUGUUCUUAAUUUUUCUGUAGGUUGUAAUGUGUGAGGUUUUAUGACUGUUUAAGGGACUUGAGAUUUUUAGUAUGGCCUAGAAAAAUUCACUAAAAGUAGAAAGGGCGUGGGGCAUGUUUUGGCAGCAGCUGUUAGGCAGUAGUGUGUCUGGUAAUUAUGCUAAUAAAUAGUAGUAAAAAUCCUAGGACUUAAGUUUGGUGGCUAGACAUUUCUGAGAGCACCAUACUGUAUCUGAAACAUGUCAGUUUAUAUUGUUAAUUUGAUGGGAAUUAAGUAUCAUCCAAGGUUUUCUAUUCCAUGUUUUGCAGUCCUGGUGUAUUUUGUCCCUGCCACCGCUUGUGUAUCUAUUCUCAAAGUAAAUGUAAAAUUCUUCACACUACAGUAAACAUUUUGGUUUUCCAUAUUUUAUUUUGACUUGUGCAAGAUUACGGUGUCUAAAACAGUGGCUAUUUCAACCAUUAUUAUAAAUCUAGUUCCACAGUAAA